CAGCUCUAUCGCAGCCAACUUCACUUCAACGCGUUCGGAUAAUUUUCGGGAACCAUUUAUUUAUUCGCAACAAAUUGCGAAUGUAAAAGUGAAAAUUGCGGUUAAUUUGCGCGUGCACGGUGCUAGCCAACAUUCAGACAUUUGGGUCUGCCUUUUGCGUUCCAUCCUUUGGUAUUUUCCCCGUGUUCUUUUUUCGCACCGCCAGCUUUUCUGUGGUGCAUUGGUGUGAGUGAGUGUGCGUGUUUCUGCCGCCAAUCCAAACCUGAAGCAGAAAAAAUGGAUGUGGCGAAGCUGGAGAAGAUGAAGGUGGUGGACUUGCGCAACGAGCUCCAGUCGCGCGGUCUGGACACCAAGGGAGUUAAAGCCGUGCUUAUCGAGCGCCUGCGGGCCCAUGUGGAAGGUGGAGCCGGCGAUGGAGAUGGCGCUCCUGUCACACCAAGCCGACGCCAGCGUCGGACGCGCUCAAUGUCCCGCUCACCGUCGCCCGUAGCAGCUGCUCCGGUCGCUGCUGAGCCAGUGCUUGACACUCUGGAAGAGGAGGAACAGCCGGCCCAGGCUGAGCAGUUGGAACCAGAAGCAGAGCCUGAACCGCAGUCUGAGUCUGAACCACAGCCGGAGCCUGAACCGGAGCCAAGAAUUCAAGCCGAACCAGAGCAGGAGGCGGAGGAUACAUCGGAUACCGAGGCAGGAAAUGACGAGCCACAGCCUCAGGCCGAAGAGUCUAAUGAAAAGACAGAAAUAGAGGAAAAGAGCGAACCCGUCGAGAAGGACGAAGCUCCAGUUGCACCCGAAAUAAAGCAAGAUGACGACGAGCCGAUGGAGGAAGUCAAGGAUGCGGCCGAUGAAGAGGAGCCAGAAGCUAAGCCGGAUAGGCACAGCGAGGAAGAUGCGGCUGAAAAGGCUGCUGAAGAGCCCCAGGAAAAUGGCGACAGUCAGAAAAUGGACGUUGACGACGAGGCCGCUGCCCAAAAGACAACUGAAGAUGCAGAGGCCACGGCCGCCAAGUCGGAGGAGCAGCCUCAGGAGCGACGUAAGCGUUCGCACAGUCGUUCGCGCUCACGUUCCCGCAUCGGUUCUCGCUCCCCAAAGCACCGUAGUAGUGUGGGCGUCCUCGUGCCCGAGGACGAGCCGACCAUUGAAGAGAACAAAGUGGGGCUAAGUUGGUUGGAUUCCGACCUGCAUCUUCGUAUCGAUUCUACAACCUUCGCUUCGGCCAAACCUCUCUCCGCCGAAAUCUAUUCACUGAUUUGGUCCGGCGCUCGCUCUAACUUCGGAGUGCGAGAGGGCAAAGUGUGCUACGAGGUUCGCCUGUCGGAGGAGUUACAAUCGGAAAACUCGCACUACUUUCGGGAUGAACCGCAUGUGCGAGGCUUUCGAGUUGGCUUCUCCAAGCCACAAAGCACGCUGUUGCUGGGUGAGGCUGAGCAUUCCUUUGGCUAUUGCGAAACCGGUCGGAAGGCGAAUCAAGGUGAGUUUUCGGACUACGGCAGGCCCUACAAGCUGGACGACGUAAUUGGUUGCUACUUGGACCUGGAGAGUGAGCCAUGCACUAUUAAGUACACCCUGAACGGCGAGGAUCUGGGUGUAGCAUUUGAGUUCGAGAAAAGCAUAUUGGGCGAGGAGGAAGCUCUCUUUCCCCACAUUGUGACUAAGGGCUACGAGUACUCUGUAAACUUCUCGGAUGCCGAGCAGCUGCUUGUGAAUGCCGAGAGGCCGACCCGCAAGCGCCGCAAGCCCCGCAAGGAAGAGGAUAAGGACGAUGAUAAGGACGACAACGAUGGAGAGAAGUGGAAGGUCCUGGACGAGGCUACCGCUGACGAUGAUGAGUUGGAGAAAAAGGAUGAAGAAGAUAGCAAGACGAACUCUGAUCAGGCUGAAGAAGCCGAAAACUCGGAGACAGCCAAAAAGGCAGAUAAGCAGAGUGCUGAAACAGCUGCCGAAGACAAAACUGAGGCUGAGGCUGAGACUGUUAAGGCGGAAGCUGCUGAAUCCUCUGAAACUGUUGAAACAUCCGCAACUGAUGGAGUCUCUGGCGAAGCCGAAACUGUUGCCAAUGGCAAUUCUACCUCUGAGAAGGUCAACGACGAGAAGCCAGCGGAGGAACAGAAGCCGACGGCUACUAACGAGGACGAGGAGGACGAGGAUGGUCCCUCACCCAACAAGCGUCCCAAAACCGAUGAAGAUUCCGAAAAGGUAGAAUCUGAGAAGGACAAGGACAAGUCCCAAUCGCAGACCGAGGAAGAUGAAUACGAGGACGUUGUGCCCGAGCCAAGGGAGACGGCUGCCCUAUUGGACGGUUAUGUGCUGCUGGGUCUGGUGCCAACCGAACAGCUGAGGCCAGGCCCCCAACGCGCUGGCUCGCGCAAAGAGUGCGAGGUCAUUUUGUUGGUCGGCUUGCCGGGCUCUGGCAAGACCCACUGGGCCCUCAAGCAUGUGGCGGAGAACGUGGACAAGCGCUACGAGGUGAUUGGCCCCGAUGCGUUCAUAGCCAAGAUGACGAUUGAUGGUGCCUCUCGCAAAACUGUGCACAAAGGACGCUGGGAUAAGGUGUAUGAGACUUGCUUGAACAGUCUGGCAGCUCUGGAAGACAUUGCCAUGAAGCGGCGUCGCAAUUUCAUACUCGAUCAGACCAAUGUUUAUGCCUCGGCCCAGCGACGUAAAAUGAAGGGUUUCAACGACUUUAAGCGCAUUGCGGUUGUUUGCAUACCAGGCGAAGAUGAGUUAAAACGUCGCAUCGCCGAAAAAGAGGAAAAGGGAAAUGCUUUUACAGUUAAAGAGUCAACAAUUAAUAACUUACGAGCCAAUUUCACAUUGCCCUCGCUGGAGUUUGGCUGGUUUGAUGACAUAAACUACACGGAGCUGACCGGAGACGAGGCAAAGAGCGAGGUCAAGAAGUACAACGAGAAGGGCAAGAAAGCCAUCGAUGCGGAUAGGUCUAGGGACAAGCGAUCCCGCGGUGGCCGGGACAACUAUAGGCGGGAUGAUCGCAACCGGAAUCGCUACAACGAUGACCGUCGACGUGACUAUGGCGGCCAGAGGCACGAGAGCAGGUGGAGUGAUGCCAGGCGUGGUGGCGGCGGCGGCGGCGGCGGAAGCUAUUCCAGCAACAGUGGUGCUGGUGGAGGCGGCAGCCGGGGAUACGAUAAUCGGCGAAGCUACAGCGGAAGCAGCGGUGGUCAGCAAAAUUGGAUGCAAAACAGUCGCAGGAGCGGUUACGAUGAUCGCGGCUAUGGCGGAGGCAGUGGAGGUGGCGGUAAUCGAGGAUACGACAAUCGCAAUCGCGGUUACUCCGGAAGCAGCGGUGGCGGUGGCCAGCAAAACUGGAUGCAGAACAACCGCAACAGAAGCGGGUAUGACGAUCGGGCGUACGGAAGCUCGCGAGACUAUCGCGAUCGAGAUCGCGGCAAUGAUCGCAGUCGGAUGGGCAGCAAUGAUAGGAAUCGGGGCAGUAGCCAGAGCAGCAGCUAUCGCUCGGGUGGCGGAACUCACCAACAACGGGAUUUUCGGCCUGGCCACCGCGACACCAAAGAAGAUAGUCGCGGUGGCUAUGAGCGGUCAGCUGGCCAAUCGCUGCCCAAGUACGGAAAUAACUCGGCUGCAGGUGGUGGCUACGAUCAGUACAAGCAGCAGCAGCAGGCGGGUGGAGCACCCGGCGGAGGCAAGGCCUCUCUCAGCGGCAAGUGGAGCACCUACACGCAGCACCAGCAGCAGGCGCCGCAGCAUCAACAGACUGGUGUCUGGCAGACACAGCAGCAGCAGCAGUCACAACAGUACCAACAGCAGCAUCAGCAGCAGACCGCGGGCCAGCAACAACAAUACUGGGGGGGAUAUAAUCAAAUGGCUGCAGGCUAUGGCACCCAACAACAACAGGCCUGGCAGGGCGCCGCCGAUCCGCAGCAGCAGCAGCAACAGCAGUGGAUGUCCUGGUGGCAGCAGCAGCAGGGCUCGGGAGCAGCGGCCAGUAAUGUCAGUGGUGGAGCCGGCGUCCAUGUGGGAGGCGGCGCUGCUGGCAAUAAUGAUGGCGGUGCCACCAAUCAUUAUUGGUCUCAAUAUUCAUACUCCACACAGUCCAAUCCCGGCGACAAGAAGUAGAGGAGUCCCCAGUUCCACCAGCCAGCGGCCGAACAUCCUCCAGGAAAGAGGAGCAAACCACAAAAAAUCUGAACUAAACUUCAUAAAAUAGUUUUUAAAGAUUAACAAAAAAAAACGUAAAAACAAAAUUAACUUAGUUUAGCCAGUUUUAGGCCAAUCCAAUCCAAUCCAAAACACCACAAAGUCACCAAAACAAACUGCAUACGACAGCAAUGAAGCCGAGCAAUUUCUUUACAAAUUGAAACUGCAUCCACACCCACUGGCGGACGAUUGUAAUCUUUCUAUUUUAUGCAUUUUCUAUCGACGAAGCAAUAACUUGAAACUUGGUCUAUCAUUCGGCAUUACGCGUAUCUAGGCAGUACAAUUUGUUUUAACGUGUAAUUAUGAUUAAUUGUUUUAUUAUUUACAAACGCAAACAAUUGGAAGGCAAACAUUAGAGAAGCAUUAACAAAUAAAUCUAUACAUUGAAAAACAAA